GAUCGUUAAAUUUGAAUACAGCAUAUAAUACAGCAGCAUAUACAGCAUAUAAAGUAUAUAAAGCAUAUAAAGCAUAUACAGCAUAUAAAGAGGCCGCAGAAUAUGAAUAGACGAGAUGACGCUUCUAGGUUAUCAAGUAUUUGGAGACCUGCACUGAGGGAAACUCAAGUUUUAACAUUAGAAGAUAGGCAGAGAUUCCAACAGGCAACCAGUGGUGUUGUAAUGCCUGCCAGAGUCCUUCCCUCUUUGCAGAUGAUAGCUAGCAAUAGGGAGAGAGAGAGAGAACCAAGUCAGAAGAUAGGCUGAGAUCUCAACAAGCAAUCAGCGGUGUUGUGAUGCCUACCAGAAUCCUUCCUUCUUUGCAGUUGACAGUUAGUAAUAGGGAACCAGAGAAAGCUGGGCCUUUAACACGCAGUCAGGCUGCAGCUAGGAUAAUGAAGCAGGAGAAAAAACUGCUGCCCUCCAAUCAGGACACAGAGUUGCAGGCUAACCAGCAUACAUCGGCAGCAGCGAACAUAGAAAGCAACAACUCCGAUCUCGCAGCAUACCUACAGCUUCUAAACUGAAAGUACGACGAUGACAAGUUAGAAAAACUUGUCGAAACGUUGCCAAAAAGAAAACUUUUUAAGUGUUGGUUAGGAUUUUAGCCAGAGUUUCAAAAGACCUUACAAAGUGUUUUGUUGGGAUUUUGAAGGAGAUUUUAGCCAGGAUUUAGAAAACUGAGAUUUUAGCCAGGAUUUUAAGCAUUUCAACUAACAGACUUUUAAUGACGCGGGAAAACACCCGAGAUUUUAACUUUUUACAUAUAAAGUAUGUGUGGACAAUUCAACACUGAGUAGUUAAUAAUAGAUAUGAAGUAUCCUCUUGCUUAUUUAGUAGAAACAUGAAAAAUGGUUACACUGAUGUUAGAGAUGUUGGUUAAGGAAGUGUUUUUAUGCCAAUGACAUCAUGUUAUUUGACUGAGAACUUGAAUGAUUUUCAGAGAAUGACAGAUUCGUAAUACAGUGAGAAGUAUAGAUGUGAAAAUUAAAAUAAAGAUAGUUUCAUUUGACAUAUAGAAUGAAUAAAAAUUGAAAUAAGUGGCAAAAAUUAGAACAAAUGUAUAAAUUUGUGCACCUUUGCAGUAUGUUUAAGAAACAUGGGGAAAUGGAUGGAAACUUUUUAUAACAUGUCAAUUAUCAUAUAAAGAUAGUAGAUAAUCUCUGAUCUGCUGCAAGUUAUGUUUAUUGAAAAAAAUUAAAUUGGGUGGACAAAUGUCUGCUUUUUUCCACAUCCUUUAUGAAAAUGAGAUUAUAUAUGUAUAGAGAAAAUUAGAAGCUGAACUUAGAAUAAAUGGAGUACUAAGAAAUUACAUCCUCUUUAAGUUCUAUAGUUUUAUGUAUCAGGACAUAGUAAAAAUCUGAUCCUUAGCAGUUCUUAAAAAUAUUCUGGUUAAAGAUGGACACUAAUGUCACAAUCAAUACAAAACUAUGAGUUGCGCAAAGAGCCAUGGAAAGAUACAUGUUCAGCAUUAUAACACAAGAUAGAAAGACCUGCAUAUGGAUUAGAGAACAAACGAAAGUAUACAAUAUCAUCAAGGGAGUAAAGGAAUUGAAAUGGAAAUAGCAAGAAGAACUGAUGGCAGGUGGACUAAGACUGUCAUAGAAUGGAUUCCACUUGAUAAAAAGUGUUCACAAAAGAGAACUAAAACAAAAUGGAUCUACAACAUCAGUAAGUAUUGCAGGCCCAAGUGGCAAAAGAAAGCUCAAGACUAUAUUGAUUGGAAACGUGGAAGAGACCUUCAUCCUGCAGUGGAUAGACAAUGGCUAAAAUGAUUGUGACAACCUCAGAUGAACAACAACACAUCACAUAUUAAACCAUGUUAUUUAUUUUACAAAAAAAAAAACCCAAAAUGGAGAAACUGUAUGGAAAACUAUGUAACCCAACCAAACUAGAAAAAUUAAAAAGAAAUCCCGGAAGAAGAUACUGGUCAACCAUCAUAUUAUUGUCAAGAAAGCAACAUGAAUCUCUUCAUGUAACCAAUAGGAAUUGACCUAAAUAUGAUGGUGGUUUGAUUUUACAAAUUGAAAAACAAAGGAAACUUUUACAUGUCAUAAUGGUAACCAGCCAUCCUUCACACAAUGAAUUAAUCUAUCAAUUAAACUGGGGUUGGUGAGGAUUCAACUACUGUGAUUUGCAAACCAAGUGUUGGGCACUUAGUAUAAAGCACAGACCAGGUUACAAUUUAAAAGAUCAAGAAGACAAGACUAAAUUCACUCUAUAAGUCUAAAUUUCAAAGGGAGUUUGUGCUGUUAUAUUAUUACAUUAGUGUUAUGUUGCUGGAAUUAAUUUAUCAAAAUGAAUUCCUUCUGUACUGGCCUAUGAUGGUUAUAAAAAUUGAUUUCAUUUAAAUUUCUUCCUUUUGACUGCAAGAUUGCUACAUCGCAGGAAAAGGUCCUUAUGUCAUAUUUCUUCAAACUAGCCAUUCAUUCCAAACCAGUAACUUUAUUCCUCAAUGUCCCGUCGGAAGACAUAGUCCCAAACAUUGCUGUAGGGAUUUGAUGUAGAUUAACAAAACGUUUACUGGCGCAAAGUUUGCCGCCUAACGGUUGCCAAAAGGCUGAAGAGCGGCCGAAGGGACAACGGGAAUUGCAGCAGGUGUCCCAGGGACCGGUCCCUGUAUACACCUUUCUAACGAGGUACCAACCCCGUCCGUCCCUAAGACCUCCUCAGGAUGGGUGGAUCCCGAAAGCCCGUGCCGCCUCCUGCUACAGAGAGGUGGGAAAGCCUCGUUUUUCCUCUCCCCGCCCUUCGCCCUGCGAGCCAUCAAUGCGAGCAGCCUGGGGCGGCGGCGGGAGAGUCCUCAGCCGCACCUUCUUUUUCCACGGCCCCGGUUCAGAGAUGGGCAGCUGAGCCCUCUUCAGUGACUGACGGACAACCGAGCGGGAGGGAGGAGAGGUCGGUGGCUGGAGGCGAUCGUGGAAAGGAGGAGCAGCCUUCGCCGGCUGCGCUGAAGGGGAAGGCGACGAAGCGCUGGGACCAGCCAGCCACUUCUGCCGCCGUCGCUGCCGCCGGGGAUGUGCGGUGAGGGCCCGGGCCCUCCUGGCAGACGGAAGAGCUGAUUAACCGGGGAAGGGAAGAUGGGGCGCGGGAAGAUGGCGUCUCCGGCGGGGUCGGUGGCUUCCUCCCGCAGCUGCUCUCGGAUAGGAGGCGGGAGGCGACACUGCCUGUGGCGGCGUGCUGGUCCUUUUCUUUACUGGGUGCCGGUCCUCUUCAUCUGCAGCAUCCUGGCCUGGUCUUACUAUGCCUACGUCGCCCAACUCUGUCUGCGGGUGGGUUCUACUUACCUUUACUACCGGUUCGCAUUGGGAGCGUGCAUGCGCGCUUCUGUGCAUGCACAGAUCACCUAUGAUGACGUCCGGGUCAGUGGGCGGAGACUUCCGCCGGUUUUACUACCGGUUCUUGUGAACCGGUCCAAACCGGGGGCAACCCACCACUGGUUCAUUGUAACAAUAUCAAAUAUUGGAGAAAAAAUGGUGUGCCUGAUUGCGUAUCAUCUAUUUUUCAUGAUGUUUUUGUGGUCUUACUGGAAAACAAUCUUUACAUUACCAAUGAAUCCUUCCAAAGAAUUCCACUUGAGCUAUUCAGAUAAGGAAUUGCUGGAAAGAGAACCUAGAAAUGAAACCCAUCAAGAAGUGCUGAAGAGGGCAGCCAAGGACCUCCCUAUCAGUACAAGAACAAUGUCUGGAGCAAUCAGAUAUUGUGAUAGAUGCCAACUUAUAAAACCAGAUCGUUGCCAUCAUUGUUCUGUCUGUGAUAAAUGUAUUUUGAAAAUGGAUCAUCACUGUCCCUGGGUGAACAACUGUGUUGGAUUCUCAAAUUACAAGUUUUUCCUUCUGUUCUUGGCUUACUCUCUAUUAUACUGCCUUUUCAUCUUUGCAACUGAGUUACAGCAUUUUAUUAGAUUCUGGACAAAUGGCCUUCCUGACACUCAAGCCAAGUUCCAUAUUAUGUUUUUGUUCUUUGCAGCAGCUAUGUUUUCAAUUAGCUUAUCCUCUCUCUUUGGUUAUCAUUGCUGGUUGGUCAGUAAGAACAAAUCAACUUUAGAGGCCUUCCGAGCACCUGUUUUUCGACAUGGAACAGAUAAAAAUGGGUUUAAUUUGGGCUUCAGCAAAAACCUAAGGGAAGUCUUUGGAGAUGAGAAAAAGUACUGGCUGUUGCCAAUUUUUACCAGCCUAGGAGAUGGAUGCUCUUUUCCUACCUGCCUUGUUAACCAAGAUCUUGAACAAGCUUCUACUCCUGCAGGACACAAUGCAAAUAAAAAUGAGAAUAGUCACCAUUUUCCGGCUAAGACAUUACGAGAUUCUCAGAGCCACCUUCUUACUGAUCCUCAAUCUUGGACACAAACUAGUGCAGAUACUGAAAAGAACAAACUAGGUAUGAGCAAUCCUGCAUUAUCUAUGGAAAAUGAAACCUAGUCUUACAAGUCAAGAAAACAACAUUGGGUCUUAAA